AUGUCCAAGCGCGUCGCCAUCCACGGCUUCACCCCCGCCUCGCAGCAGCAUUCGCUCCUCAACACGCCCACUGAUUCCCCGCGUUCUGUAGCUGUUUCCAUCUCUCCAACCACUUCAAGCAAUCUACACAACAUUUUCCGCCAAAACUCUCUCUCUGGCUCAUCCGCCAGCACCAUCAGGCCCUCAAAGGUCCUCCACCCAUUUGCAACCACAGAGAUCCGCCUCCUCUUGCUCGAGAAUAUCAGCCAGGGUGCCGUCGCCCAUUUCAAGUCACAGGGCUUCCAGGUCGAUUGGUUUCCAAAGGCUUGGUCAGAAGACGAGCUCGUUCAAAAGAUUGGCCAGUACCAUGCCAUCGGCAUCCGUUCAAAGACAAAGAUUACCGAAAGGGUCAUCAAAGCGGCCUCCAAGCUCUUGUGCAUCGGCUGUUUCUGCAUCGGCACCAACCAAGUAGACCUCUUGACGGCCGCAAAGGCUGGUAUUCCCGUCUUCAACUCUCCAUUCUCCAACUCGCGCUCUGUCGCCGAACUCGUCAUUGCAGAAAUCGUCUCUCUCUCCCGUCAACUCGGCGAUCGCAGCCGAGAGAUGCACGAUGGGGUCUGGAACAAAGUCUCCAAGGGCUGCUGGGAGGUUCGCGGCAAAACAUUGGGAAUCAUCGGCUACGGUCACAUUGGUUCGCAACUCUCUGUACUCGCAGAGGCAUUUGGCAUGCGUGUCUUAUUCUACGACGUCAUCAAUAUCAUGCCACUGGGUUCUGCUCGUCAAGUGGAGACGCUGGAAAAGCUCCUUAGCGAGUCAGACUUUGUGACCCUUCAUGUCCCCGAACUUCCGGAAACGACCGGCAUGAUCAGCUCAAAGGAACUCGCCGCAAUGAAAAGGGGUUCCUAUCUCAUCAACAAUUCGCGUGGCAAAGUCGUCGACAUUCCAGCUCUCAUCAGUGCUCUCAAGAGCGGUCAACUCGCUGGAGCAGCCAUCGACGUCUUCCCCUCUGAACCAGGAGCCAACGGCCCGCAUUUCAACGACCAGCUCAACAGCUGGUGCUCCGCCCUGACUUCUCUCCCCAACGUCAUCCUCACCCCACAUAUCGGUGGCUCGACAGAGGAGGCUCAGCAAAUGAUUGGCGAAGAAGUUUCACAAGCACUCAGCCGUUAUCUCAACUAUGGAUCGACCAUUGGUGCCGUCAACUUUCCCGAAGUCGACUUGCGAGCCAUUGCCGCAGAUGAGAAAAACUUUGUACGUGUGUGCCAUGUGCAUGCAAACCAACCCGGUGUGCUGCGCCAGGUCAACGAGAUUCUGGCGUCGCACAAUGUAGAAAAGCAAUUCUCCGAUUCCAAGGGAGACAUUGCAUAUCUCAUGGCGGAUAUUGCCGACGUUAGCGAGGCGGACAUCCAGUCCAUCCACGACCGUAUCAGUGCCACCAGAGCCAACAUUAUCACCAGACUCUUGGCGUAA